AAGCUCAGGCGCACUUAGCGCUCGCGCUGUGGCCGCGCGGGCAGAAGGAGCGCACCUCUCCAGAGCGCACGGCGCGGCGCGGCACAGGAGGGGGGCGGAUCCAGCAGGACACCGGCGUCGGCUCUCCGGGACAUCAUUCAGACGCAGAGGCGAGCUCCCUUCGGCGUGGAGAGACGAUCAUUUAGGACGUUUUCCUGCGUGGAUGCGCUCCAGCCGCAUCGGAAGCCUCCACCGUGCGCCCUCGCUCCUCCAGAUGAGUUGACCGAGUGAAAAAAGGCACCGAGAUCGGACGUGUCCGUCCCGCGGUGCGAACUUCCCACUGGACCCAAACUUUGCAGCUCGGCUCGGCAUGAUCAUUUCCAACGCGAGCCUGAGCUGCGCGCACUGUCCCGGGGGAGAAGUGGCCCGCGGCGCGGCGGCGGUGACGGACGCGUACGAGGAGGUGUCCGGCUCGCUCCCUCCUCCGUCCCUCAGCCCGACGGGGCACCUGGUGGUGGCGGUGUGCCUCGGCUUCAUCGGCACCUUCGGCUUCCUCAGCAACUUCCUGGUGCUGGCGCUGUUCUGCCGGUACCGGGCGCUGCGCACUCCCAUGAACCUCCUGCUGGUGAGCAUCUCCGCCAGCGACCUGCUGGUCAGCGUGCUCGGCACCCCGUUCAGCUUCGCGGCCAGCACGCAGGGACGCUGGCUGAUCGGACGCGCCGGCUGCGUUUGGUACGGCUUCAUCAACGCCUGCCUGGGCAUCGUGUCCCUGAUUUCCUUGGCCGUCCUGUCGUACGAGCGCUACUGCACCAUGAUGGUCCCCACCAUCGCCGACGGCCGGGACUUCCGCCCGGCGCUGGCGGGGAUCUGCUUCUCCUGGCUCUACUCGGUGGCCUGGACCGUGCCGCCGCUGCUGGGCUGGAGCCGGUACGGGCCCGAGGGCCCCGGCACCACCUGCUCGGUGGACUGGAGGACGCAGACGCCCAACAACAUCUCCUACAUCAUCUGCCUGUUCACCUUCUGCCUGCUGCUGCCCUUCAGCGUCAUCCUCUACUCCUACGGCAAGCUGCUGCACGCCAUCCGACAGGUCCGCAGCGUCAGCUCGGUGGUCACGCGGCGCCGGGAGCAGCGGGUCCUGGUCAUGGUGGUCACCAUGGUGGUCUGCUACCUGGUCUGCUGGCUGCCGUACGGCGUGGCGGCUCUGCUGGCGACCUUCGGCCCCCGCGACCUCCUGACGCCGGAGGCCAGCAUCACGCCGUCGCUGCUCGCCAAGUUCUCCACCGUCAUUAAUCCUUUCAUCUACAUAUUCAUGAACAAACAGUUUUACAGGUGUUUCAGGGCGUUCCUGCGCUGCUCCACCCCCGAGCGAGGCUCCACCAUGAAGACCUUCUCUCGAGCGACCAAGACGCUGCGGACCGCCCGCCAGGAGAAGGACAUCCACGUGUCCGCCGCCGCCCCGUCCACGGCCAUGCCCACGCCGGACUCCCACCGCGAGUCCACGCAGGGCGCCAAUCACACGGCGGCGCCGCCGCCGUUCAGUCCGGACUGCUGCGGUCCCACUCAGGCUCCCGCCGCCGCCGCCGCCGCCGCCGCCGGGCCCAAACCCACGCUGAUCCUGGUGGCGUACUACAGGGAGUGACUCUGAGAACAAUGGGGGCUGAACGCUUAUGGAAAUAAAAGAAAGGAGGGGGGCAAGCGAUUAGAGGCGCAGGUCUCCAAUUAACAAGCAAAUCCUCUUAAUAGAGCGAGAAAAGCGCUCAGUGGGAGUCUCGCAUGCACGCCGGGACGUUUUAAUCCCCGGACGGGUUAUCGUUUCCCGGCGAGGUCGGCAAACAGGGACGCACGUCUCCGUGUACAGAGAUGUGGAGAUUAGGGCUACUCUCGGCGCUUUGUGUUGGAUUACACACCUCAGCCGCUCACGCUACCUGCCGCGGCCCCGGAGGGGAAAAAACACAAAAGUCACCGUCGGGUCGCAGCAAAGCGCGGAGAGGCCGAUCACUCAACAACGCGCUCAGUGUGUGGGAAAAUUGUGAAUACUUUUACAACGUGAUCUGUUCAUACCUUGAAACUGAAAUUGAAAUGUUGAUUUGAGAUCAAAUCCCCCUUUAUUCUGUAGGUUUUUGCAGUCAAUAAA